AUGGGCACUAUUACCACCACUGUCCCCAAAGCCAUGGCCAAUUCCCUCUGGGACACUAGGAUAAUCUCCUGCUAUGGAUGUUCCGCCCAAGCCUUUCUGUUAGUCUUUUACCUUUCAGCAGAGUUUUACCUUCUCACCGUCAUGGCCUAUGACCGCUACGUUGCCAUCUGCAAACCCCUGCACUACGGAACAAUAAUGACCAGCAGAACUUGUGUCAACAUGGCAGUGGCUACCUGGGGCAGUACUUUUCUCUAUGCUGUGCUGCACACUGCCAAUACCUUUUCCAUCCCCCUCUGCCAAGGCAAUGCUGUGGACCAGUUCUUCUGUGAAGUUCCCGAGAUCCUCAAGCUCUCCUGCUCAGAUGCCUACCUCAGAGAAGUUGGGCUUCUUGUGGUUAGUGCUUGCUUAGCAUCUGGGUGUUUUGUCUUCCUUGUGCUGUCCUAUGUGCAAAUCUUUAGGGUAGUGCUGAGGAUCCCCUCAGAGCAGGGACGGCACAAAGCCUUUUCCACGUGCCUCCCUCACCUGGCCGUGGUCUCCCUGAUGGUAAGCACUGGCAUAUUUUGCUACCUGAAGACCCCCUCCAUGUCUUCCUCAUCCCUGAAUCUUUUGCUGGCAGUUCUGUACUCGGUGGUGCCUCCAGCAGUGAACCCCCUUAUCUACAGCAUGAGGAACCAGGAGCUGAAGAACGCAGGUUGGAAACUGAUAACUGAAGGUUUUUCAAAAAGAUAA